AGCCAGCUACACGUUUCCGUUCAAGAAUACUCUUUAUAUUUUUUUGUCGAAUAUUUAUUUUCUCUGUUGCCUGUUUCCAUUUUUUGCCAAGACCGAGUGUGCAUCCUGGCGGCGACGGCCAGUCCUGUGAUCCGCUCGACGCGGAACUUUCUGCGCGAGAAUCGUCAGAUGGUGAGCCAGCCGCUGAGAAUGAUCCUGGGGGGGUCGGAGGCAUGGAAGGCGGAUCAGGAGCACCGGUGGCCGUUGCGGGCGCACAACUAUGAGCUACCCACGGCUGCCUCCUUGGCACGGAGGACGGGCCCGUCGCCCUUGUUUCUGGCGGAGGCGCAGCGACGCUUAAUGGGCGGCUCCAGGCUGAGGAUCAGUCGUCGCGGCUAUUCGGAGAAGGAGAUCCAGACAGAGGACAUUAGCGAUGAGCGUUUCCUGAGCGCCGCCCUGCUCAAGUGCUCCUCGGCGGAGCAUCAGGCCCGCAGCGAGGGGGAUGAGCCUUUGGGCGGAGGCGGCGCAGACGGAGGCGGAUGUUCAGAGGCAGGACUGCGCGUUAGACGCACAGCCUCCAACUUUGAGCUGGGCAGAAUGCCAGAGCAGCGAGACGCCUAUCAGCCGGGACAGUACACACUGCUCCGGCCGCUGGGCGGGCUGCUCGGCAUUGUGCCCGGCGCACUGGAUCAGCUGGGCAGGCCACCACCCGACCAGGACACCGUCUCCAUGUGCUCCCGCUCGUCCAAAGAGAGCUCACCCUGCGUUCGGCAAAUGGCCAUUCCGGAAGUGAUGGAUGUGGUGGACCAGGAGGACGCCCUAAGCGUAGACUCCCAGCAGCAGGACGUUCCAGCCAGCACCUCGUCCACGCCGCCUACUCCCCAGAAAACUAAGGCAAAUCUUUCCAUGGAAUCGGAACAAGUUCAGAAAGUCCAGCACUCGGUGGAAUACCAAAAAGCAGAGAACAGCGGCCUCAUUCUGUUGGCCGAGGAGCAGAGAUUGGAGCUCCUGGAGGCGGCUCGGGAGCGGCAGGCCCAGCUGAUUGCCGAGUACAACAGACUUCCCAUUUCCAUGGGAACCCUGCGGGUGCGGAACCUCAAAAUAAUCCUCGAGCAGCAGCUGGAUGUGGUGGACAACGACCUAAGUGUCCUAUCGCAACCAAAGGUCUAUGUAAUGGGAAACUAGAUCUACGACAGUAAACAAAAAAUUACAAAAAAAAACAACACAACA